AUGUAAGUCUAAUACUAAACUGAUUGUGACAAUAGACUUACUUAUGUUCCUUAGAAAAAGAAAGAAUUUUAAUAUAACACUAAACAACCAGAAAUUAAUGUUCUCUAAAACUAUGAAUCUUAAAACAAUAAAAUUGAAUCAAUACCUAUACAUAUUCGAUCUAAAUCAUAUGAACAUGAUUAUUUUACAAAAGCAUUAAAUACUUUCGGAAACAACACAGAUUAGUCAUAAUUAUAACCUUUAAAAACUAAAAGAUAACAUAGUAUUUCUUAAAAAGAAAAUGAUCCUGGAUUUUUAUCGCCUAAAUUUAGAUUUGAAAGUUGUGAUACUGUUAUUACUCGAAAAUCUUAAAAGUAAUUUCUAAUAUUAAUUUAUUUUAGUAGUGUUAUUAAUGAAUUAUAAGAAUGUAUAGAUCUCUCAAAAAUAACUGAACUAUCUAUUCAAUCAUAGAUGUCUCCUUGUAAAAUUUAUGGUGAAUUAUAUUAAAAAAUUGAAGCCAAAGAUAAAUUAAUUGAUGAACUAUAAAAAUAAUUAACAAGCACUUUGAAAAAUAUGACUCAAUAAAUAGAUUUAUAAAUAAAUGAGAAAAAUAAGAUUAUAUAAUAACAAGUUAGAUAAAUUGAAAUCUAUGAAUAAUAAUUGUAGGAAUGUAGAUAAGAAAUCUAAUUAAAAAAUAAAGAAAUAAUAUCUAUAAAGAAAAAUCAAAAAGAUAUUAGAAAAUUAAUAGAUAUAAGAUAAGAAAAACCUCUUAUUUAAUGUAAUAUGUGAAUUUAUUCUAUUAUUAGCAAACCCUUAACACUUUAUAUCUAAAAAAGAUUGUAUGUGUUCAUAACUUGAAAGAGAAAAUAAAGCUUUAUUAGCUAAAGUAGAUCAAUUUAGACAAUAGCUUCAUGAACUCAAAUAAAAUCUUGAAUUUAAUAAUCUCUCAAUUAAUAAUUAGAUAUCUGUAAUAGAGAAAUGUGAUUUAACACAAUUUGAAAAAACUUUUAAAAAAUUAGCAGAUGAGCUUAACUUAACUAUAGAUAGCAAAAAUAUAAAUUCAAGCUUUAGUCUAUUAAAUCAGGAGGUUAUUGAAGGUGUGAAAUCAUUAAAAUAAUAGUUUAAAGAAAACGAAAAAUUUAUUAGAUGUUUAAAAGAUCUUGUUAUUUAAUGUGCUCCUUAAGAUUAUUUUUGUUAAUCAGAUCCAAGUUUAAAGGAAGUUUGGAAAUUUAUCAAAUAGAUUUUAUAAUCAUAUUUAGAACAUAAAAAAUAAGCAUAAUAAAAUGAAGUAAAUUUUAUUUUAAAUUUAAGGAUAUAGUCUUAACACUAUGCAAAUAUUUUAGAUGUAAUAAAGGUGAGUUGAAUCAUAAAGGAGCUUGUCUAAUAGUGGAUUAAGAAGUGUAUUUAAGAAUAGUUGAUAAAAUUAAAAAAAUAUUAAAUUUAACAAAUUUAAGUAAUAUUAGAGAAGUUGAUAGAAAAUUAGAAUAUUAUUUACAAUGA